GUUAGUUGUGGAGUGUGGACUCGUCGGACGUUCGGCUCCGAUUUCAAUAACUCGUUACUCGAGACUCGCGACCACUCAAGUAUUUUUACAAUAGGUUUACUAGCCUUAUUAUCAGUUAUCGUUUAUAUUAUGCUGAUAAUAAAUAUUAACUAACAAUUUAACAUUAUUAUUUAAUUACUUAUUUUCGUGAACUAUUUUAAAAACAUUUUGUUGACGUUUAAACAUAGUUACGCUACACAUAUAUUAGUUAUUAGUUGUACUUGUAACGUUGUAAGUUAUAACUAUUACAUAUUGUGAAUUUGUAAUAGAUAACGGUUUUGAAGAGAAUUCGAUUUAAACAGUUAUUAGUCAUUUUCUAGUUUUUUUAUCAUUCAGCAAUAAAAAUGUUUGCUACAAUGUAUAAAACACUUCUUGAUAAAUCCGAAAUGAACGCUAAGAAGGAAUCGAUUGUGGAGGAAUCUGAAACAGUUAAAAUUACUUCUAAAGAUGUUAAACACAUGCUAAAUGAAUUGGAUGAGAUCAAAGAUAAUUCAGAUAGUUGUUCUGUGACAAAAGACGAUGUUAUUGAUGCUAUUGAGUCAUUGUCUAUCAUUGAUAAUCAUCCAGAACAUUUAAAUGAUAAUGCUUCAGUUGAAUAUUUUGACGACACUAAAAGUGAAGUAAGCUCUAUUGGAGAAAACCAAAUAGAUGUUGCUACAAUUGAGGAUCCCAAUAUAAAAAAAACUGUGAAUAGAAUAAAUAGUCUUCAAUGUUUAUUUACGUGGAAUGUAAAGUCAAAAAAGAAAAAUUUUAUUUUACACAUACGGAAUAAAUAUGGAGAAUACAACUUAAAUUUAUCUUUAUCUGAAUUUACACUAGAAAGGUUUAUAGGUAAUUUAAUUAUUUCUUAUGAAUUAUUUCAUAAUGGUGAGCCUGAAUUAGCCCAAAUGAAAAUAUUGGAAAUUGGGAAAUGGCUUGAAGAAUUAGAUAAAGGUACUGAUGAGUUUUAUUUAUCUAUUAAAACUGGUCUUCAACAUAUUAUGAAGGCCACUUUCAUUCAUAUGUUAUUUGCUACAAAUCUUACUGGAGAAUGUAAAUGGUUAUUGGAUGAUAUUGUUUUAUUGGCCGUAAUGGAUUCUAAAUCAAGAGCAGCUAUACAUGCAAUACGUGCAGCUGUGUUAAUUGAAUAUGGAAAUCCAAGCUAUUUAAAAAAAGCUUGUGAGACAGCUAAGAAAGCAUGUGAUUUAGAUCCUAAAAUUUCUCAUUGGUUUUAUAUUCAUUCACUUGCGUUAACAGCUCAAAGACAAUUCUUACAGUCUUAUAAAUCAGUUCCAACUGAAAAUGAAAUUAAUGCAAUUAAUCAAGCAAAUAUUUUGUUUAAUGGAAUUAAUGUACUUUUCAAAUAUCAUGAAAUUGUUCUGUUUAGAGAAACUACAAUUGGAAGUUUUCAUAAUAAUAAAAACAAAAAUGAUAAAUCUUUGAUAAAAAAAAAUUUACAAGACAACAAAAAAAUUGUUAAAAUGAUCAAAGCUAUAAUAAGCAAGGACCCAAAAGACCCUCUCUUGGUAGUUAACUGCGCUAGAAUAUUAAUGACUCUUCCAAUUAUGGUUCGUGAUUUUAAUUUGGGAAAACAAUACUUAACAAAAGCCUUUGAAAUGGCACCAAAUGAUCCAACUGUUUUACGAGCAAUUGAAAACACAGUUCAGGCUUAUAAAGAUAUUUCUAAUAAACAGAAACCUAAAAAUAAUGAAACAACAAAACAAAAUCAACCACCGUUGAAGAAGAAAAAAUCUAAAUUAGAAAUUGAUUUUGAAUUUAUUGUAAAAAAACAAAAAAAUGGGGAAAAUCCUAUUACUUGCCUCACUGAUUUAAUUCCUAAAUAUGAUGGCCUUGAUAAAUCAAAAAUUAUAGCUCAACUAUGUUCUUAUACAAUAUUAUUUACAAACAAUCUAAAAUCGAGUGUUGAAGAGUUUAUUAAGUUGAUAGAAAUACCAGGAAUUACCAAUAAUGAUAUAAUUACAAAACAUUCUUCAUUGUUUGGUUCAAAGCCAUUUAAUUUAUCAGAGCUUAUUUGUAAUGAAAUCAGAUUGGCUACAAAUUUAAGUGGUACUUCUUCUGAUGAUAUGCUGUAUUUUUUUAAAACAUUAGCUAAAAUUAUGGAAACAUGUAAUUUAAAAAUUAAAGAAGUUGACUCAUCCAUGAAAAGUAAGCUUAUUGUUGAUUCAAAUGUCAAAUCUACAAUUUUAAAGGCAUCAGUGCAAAGUGAAACUGAAUCUUCAGAUAGCGAAAGUGUUGAUAAAAAUAUUAAAAAAAAAAAUCGUAAAGCAAAGCACUUGCAAACAAAAGGUCCUAAAGUAUUUACUAACAAUGUGGAAUUGAAUAAAAAAGAAAAAAUUUCAAAUUAUCAAUCUAAAAAUAAUAAAAAUACCUCAGAAAAAACACAAAAUACAAAACCACAGCCAAAAGCACAAAAUAAAAAACCACAGCCAAAGUCAAAAGCAAAUGAUGUCAAUCAAAUGAAAGUCAAAGUGGAGAAAGUUUUAAAUUCUUCUAAUGAAAAAGGAGCUGGACUUAAUUUCUCUAAAAAUUUAAGUGUGGAGAGUUUGAAAAAAUGUUUAGAAAGGAAUUCAGAAGUACACCGUUACACCCAACAAUUAUAUCAAAACAUUUUAUCUAACACACAAUCACGGUUUAAUUCGUCUAAUGUAUCUUCUGGUGAUCUUAAUACUUAUUUCAAUCAAAACCAUGCAAACUUUAGCUCACCAUUACAAUCGAAUCCAUUUCAGGGUCCUUCACAUACACCACCAUUACUUAGUUUAACACCCCAAAUAAAACCACAAAAUCCAAAACCUAAGCAAAAAAAAAAUUCUGCUCAGCUUAAAUCAAAAGAAAAAUAGAUUUAGCUAAUUUUGUUUAUUGUUAUUUUAUUUUAUUAAAAGAUACUAUGUUAUUUCAUCAUAUUGUCAGAAAUUAAAUGUAUCUAUAAUUAUACCAUAUUUUUAUUAAAUAAUUUAAUACAUUUUAAAAACAUGUUUGUAAUCUGGUUCAAUAUUAAAUAAUUAUUAAAAAUUU